AUGGCUCAGUACAAGAACUUUGAGACCCUCCAGCUCCACGCCGGCCAGGAGACCGUCGACUCGACCAAGUCGCGCGCCGUCCCCAUCUAUGCCACGUCGUCGUACGUCUUCGACGACUCGGCCCACGCCGCCCGUCUCUUCGGUCUCAAGGAGUUCGGAAACAUCUACUCGCGUAUCAUGAACCCCACCGUCGACGUCUUCGAGAAGCGUGUCGCCGCUCUUGAGGGUGGUGUCGCCGCCGUCGCCACCGCUUCGGGCCAGGCCGCUCAGUUCCUGACCAUUGCUGCGCUCGCGCACGCCGGCGACAACAUUGUCGCUACCACCAACCUCUACGGCGGCACCUACAACCAGCUCAAGGUCAUCCUCCCCCGUCUCGGCAUCACGACCAAGUUUGUCGCCGGCGACAAGCCCGAGGACAUUGCCGCCGCGAUCGACGACAAGACCAAGGCCGUCUACCUCGAGACGAUCGGCAACCCGCGCUUCAACGUCCCCGACUUUGAGGCGAUCACCAAGGCCGCGCACGAGAAGGGCGUCCCCGUCAUUGUCGACAACACCUUCGGUGCGGGCGGCUACUUCUGCCAGCCUAUCCAGCACGGUGCGGACAUUGUCGUCCACUCGGCGACCAAGUGGAUCGGCGGCCACGGCACGACCAUUGGCGGUGUCAUCGUCGACUCGGGCAAGUUCAACUGGGGCGAGAACGCGGCGCGCUUCCCCCAGUUCACGGAGCCGUCCGAGGGUUACCACGGCCUCAAGUUCUGGGAGACCUUUGGCCCCAUUUCGUUCGCGAUCCGUGUCCGCGUCGAGCUCCUCCGCGACCUCGGCCCCGCCCUCAACCCCUUCGGCGCGCAGCAGCUCAUCCUCGGUCUCGAGACGCUCUCGCUCCGUGCCGAGCGUCACGCCUCCAACGCCCUCGCCCUCGCCAAGUGGCUCGAGCAGAACGAAAACGUCAACUGGGUCUCCUACCCCGGCCUGGCCUCGCACCCCUCCCACGAGACGGCCACCAAGUACCUCCCCCGCGGCUACGGCGGUGUCCUCGCCGUCGGUGUCAAGGGCGGCGCCGCCGCCGGCGCCAAGGUCGUCGACAGCUUCAAGCUCAUCAGCAACCUGGCCAACGUCGGCGACUCCAAGACCCUCGCCAUCCACCCCUGGACCACGACGCACGAGCAGCUCUCCGACGAGGAGAAGAAGAACUCGGGCGUCACCGAGGACCUCAUUCGCAUCUCCGUCGGCACCGAGCACAUUGACGACAUCAUUGCCGACUUUGAGCAGGCCUUCAAGGCCGCCAACGCUGUUGCCGCUUAA